GGGUUGUGAGGCGGCACCAGGCUCAGUGGAGGACGCGUCGCGGCUGCCCCUUUGCGGAGUCGCCGCCGCCACUGCAGACAUGGAGGGGCCGGGGCCCGGCUCGCAGUGCAGGAAUCACAACCAUGGCCCUCACCCUCUAGGAUUUGGUCGACUUGGAGCCUGUGCACAUGAAAACAAAGACCUUGUCAAGGCGAGAGAAGCUCUUCCUCUUAUAGCGGACUCAAGUAACUGUGACAUUGUAAAAGCUACUCAAUAUGGAAUUUUUGAAAGAUGUAAAGAGUUGGUGGAAGCAGGAUAUGAUGUCAGGCAACCAGACAAGGAAAAUGUAUCUCUUCUUCACUGGGCUGCUAUUAACAACAGACUGGAUCUUGUAAAGUUUUAUAUUUCAAAAGGUGCUGUGGUAGAUCAGUUGGGUGGAGAUUUAAAUUCAACUCCUCUUCACUGGGCCAUCAGACAAGGGCAUUUACCUAUGGUCAUAUUAUUACUACAGUAUGGUGCAGACCCUACUCUCAUUGAUGGAGAGGGAUUCAGCGGCAUCCACUUGGCAGUAUUGUUUCAACAUAUGCCUAUUAUAGCGUAUCUCAUCUCAAAAGGGCAGAGUGUAAAUAUGACAGACCUAAAUGGGCAGACACCUCUUAUGUUAUCAGCUCACAAAGUACUGGGGCCAGAACCAACUGGAUUUCUUUUAAAGUUUAACCCAUCUCUCAGUGUGGUUGAUAAAGUACACCAAAACACUCCGCUCCACUGGGCAGUUGCAGCAGGAAAUGUUAAUGCAGUUGAUAAGCUUUUGGAAGCUGGUUCUAGCUUGGAUAUCCGAAAUGUUAAGGGAGAAACGCCUCUUGAUAUGGCUCUACAAAACAAAAAUCAGCUAAUUAUUCACAUGCUAAAAGCAGAAGCCAAAAUGAGAGCCAACACAAAGUUUAGACUCUGGAGGUGGCUACAAAAAUGCCAGCCCUUCCUGCUGUUGCUGUUUUCUGUGAUUACCCUGUGGGCUGUUGGAUACAUACUGGACUUCAAUUCAGAUUCUUGGCUUUUAAAAGGAUGUCUUCUAGUGGCACUGUUUUUUCUGACAUCUUUGUUUCCAAGGUUCUUGGUUGGCUAUAAGUCUUUGGUAUACUUACCAACAGUCUUUCUGCUAAGUUCCAUUUUUUGGAUAUUUAUGACUUGGUUCAUCUUAUUCUGUCCUGAUUUAGCAGGCACCCCUGCCUACUUCGCUUUUAUUCUCAGCUUAAUGGGCUUCCUCUACUUCUUCUACAAAACUUGGGCAACUGAUCCAGGAUUCACUAAAUCUUCUGAAGAAGAAAGGAAGACAAAUAUCAUCACUCUCGCAGAGACUGGCUGUUUAGACUUCAGAACAUUUUGUACAUCAUGCCUUAUAAGGAAGCCAUUAAGGUCACUCCACUGCCAUGUGUGCAACUCCUGUGUGGCUCGGUAUGAUCAGCACUGCCUAUGGACUGGACGGUGCAUAGGUUUUGGCAACCAUCACUAUUACAUAUUCUUCUUAUUGUUUCUCUCCAUCUUGUGUGACUGGAUUAUAUAUGACUCUUUCAAUUAUUGGUCAAUUCAUUGUACCACAACGUUCAGAGAAGAUGGACUUUGGACCUACCUCAAUCAGAUAGUGGCCUGCUCCCCUUGGGUUUUAUAUAUUUUCAUGCUAGCAGCCUUCCAUUUCUCCUGGUCAACGUUUCUGUUAUUCAAUCAGCUCUUCCAGAUCGCUUUUCUGGGCCUUACCUCCCAUGAGAGAAGCAGCUUGCUAAAACAGAGUAGGCAUACAAAGCAGCCAUUCUCCCUCAGAAGGACACCGUACAACCUUGGGUUCACACAGAACCUUGCAGACUUCUUUCGGUGUGGCUGCUUUGGCUUAGUGAAGCCCUGUGCGGUAGACUGGACGACACAGUACACCAUGGUCUUCCACCCAGCUAAGGAGAAAGUCCUUCGCUCAGUAUGAAGAAAAACAACCCAAAAUGCUAGCUCUGGUUUAUUUGUGUUUCUGUUGGUCUAUCAGUGAAGAUUCAGAGUUUGCCUCAGCCCAAGGAAAACACAGGUAGUUUUAAAAGCCCUUUGGAAAAAGCCGGCAUUCUCAAUAAAGACGGCACAUUGUCUGAACAGAUGAACUGUUCCUGAACAAUUCUGACAGGCAUCUAAAAAAAAAAAAACUUCUAUAUUUUUCACAAGGAAAUGCAAACUACUUUUUUAAAGACAAUAUUCACUAAUUAUGGAUAAAAUGUGGUAUUUUCAGAUAUUUUAUUGGCUGUUUCAAAAUAGUGCUAUUCUUUCAACUUGUAAUUUUUGAUAAAUUAUUUGUCUUUGUUUUAUCUAUAAAUAUGUAAAAAUAUUUAAAUAGAUGUAUCUGUUUUGCUUUCACAUUUAAUAAAAUGAAUUUUUUUUGUA